AUGCCGCCGGAGGUUUAUGUGCAGGUGGUGGGGGCGGGCACGGCGGGUAUCACGCCCUCGGUGAUGGUGGUGGCCGGCCGGCACCGCUUCCUCUUCAACUGCGGGGAGCAGUCGCAGCGCUUCAUCACCGAGAACAAGCUCCGCACGCAGAACGUCGAUGCCCUCUUCUUCACCCAGGUCGACUGGCACCACCUCGGCGGCCUCUCCGACUUUCUCAUGACCGUGGCGGACAAUGGGAAGAGCGAGAUAGCGCUGUACGGGCCGGCGCCGCUGUACUGCUACGUGCUGUCGAUGCAGAUGUUCCUCUACCGACCCUCGUUCACGCUCGACGUGCACCAACUCGACGCCCAGCCCGCGCGCCGCCUCGGGUUCGACGUGGGCGAGAAGGGCGACGAGGCCCGCAUCUGCGUCCGGCCCAUCCUCCUCCUGCCCCACGCUCAUGAAGGUGGCGAUGGUGGUGAAGAAGAAGGUGGUGGUGAUGAUGAGGUGGUGGAGGACCUGGACGAUGCGGGCUGUCUGCGGAAGAGGAUCGCGCUGGCGUUCGACGUGGGCGGAAGGCCCGAGCUGCGGCCCCUCCUGCCGACGGACGGCGGGGACCACUACCUGCCGCCCGUCAUGUGCUACGCCGUGGAGGCGCCCGAGGUGCGCGGCAAGUUCGACGUACAGAAGGCCAAGGCGCUGGGCGUGCCACCGGGUCCUCUCUGUGGGAAAUUGACGAAGGGCGAGAGCGUGGUAACGCCGGAUGGAGGUGUGGUGCACCCGUCCGACUGCAUGGGUGCCACCGUUCCCGGCCCCGUGUUCCUGCUCGUCACGUGCCCUUCGCCGGCCUACCUGCCCCGUCUCCGGUCGAACCAGUUCAUCAGGGCCUACGCGGCGAACCCCGACAUGGCGUGCGUGGUGCACAUCACGCCCCGUCACGUCCUGCAGCUCCCCGAAUAUAAGGCGUGGAUGGACUCCUUCGUCUCCCAGCGCGUCACGCAUGUGCUAUUGGACGAGAGCACGGCGCUGGACGUGGACCGCACCCUGUUCAAGGCCUCGAACGCGCACAGCGUCAAGCUCAACUACGCCCUCCCCGCCGCCUUCCCGCUCCCCUACGACAUCCGCUCGCUCCCGCAUCGCCUCGACCCGUCGCUUUCGCUUUCGUCUGCGCUUUCGUCGUCGUCUUCGACAGCUCCCGAGCCCAAGGCGAGGGCGGCGGCAGCGACCAAGGGGAAAGGCAAAGAGAAGGCAGCCCGCAAGGCCCACGCUGCGGGCUCCCAGGCGGCCGUCGGCCGACCCGAAGGCGCGACCCAGGCCGAGGCUCGACUCCUGUCCGACCUGUUCGGCUCCGCCAGCUCGAACGGCGCGACAAAGGUGGUAGUGGGCGACAACCUGAUGAAGUUCUCGCUGCUGCCGCCGGCCCACUUCGGGCUGGACUGGGCCCAGAGCGUGGAGCUGAGCGACGAGGCGGGCUACCGGCGGGUGAUGGACGACCUCCGAGCCGACGCCCGACUCAACGCCGCGCUCGGUCGCAUCUUCCCCGAUCGACCCCAGGGCCUCGCCGCCGCACAGGAAUCGGAGGAAGGCGAGGCCGCCGACGGCGAAGCGCGGGUGGUGUUCCUGGGCACCGUGGCGUCGGCUUCCAACCCGGUGCGGUCCGAGUCGUGCAUCUACGUCGAUGUCCCUAACUAUGGCGGCAUCCUGCUCGACGCCGGCGGUGGCGCCUACCAACAAAUGGUGCGAUAUUACGGCCAUGCGGGCGCCAGCGAGCGUCUGGCAAAGCUGCGGUGCAUCUGGGUCACCCAUAAGCACGCCGACCACUGCGCCGGCGUGGUCAACCUCAUCCGCAUCGUGAACCAGCUCAAGCGCCAGCGCCAGCGCAGCCAGCCCCAGCCCGACCCCGACCGCCAACCUGCGGCCACCGCCGCCCCGCUGCGCCGGUGGGAGUGCCCCGUGUGCGGCUUCGGCUUCCGGUACCGCAAGAGCAUGGAGAUGCACCUGCCCAUCCACCACAUGGCCUCGGUGGCGGGGUCGUCGGUGGAGGACGAGCUCUACGCGAAGGCCACCCAGCGGGACCCGGCGGAGGGCGACGAUCCCGUGGAUUUCCUCCCCUCGCUCUCCUCGCCCUCCGUACUCGUCGUGGCCCCCUUCUGGAUCGAACCUUGGCUGGAGGAUUACAACGAAACGGUGCAGCGCAUCGAAUACGACUUUGUGGACGCCCUCUACCUGACCCGCACCUGGCGACAGGCCGACGGCGGGGAGCAGCUGCCGCUGCUGGCGCGCUACUUCCGCGAGGCGCUCGGCUUCACCGAGGUCUACUCCGCCAUCGUCGAGCACUCCUACCCCACCUUUGCCGUGGUGAUGGAGCACGAGCGCGGGUGGCGGCUGGUGUACUCGGGCGACACGCGUCCGUGUGCGCAGAUGGUGGAGCUGGCCCGGGGCGCCACGCUCCUCAUCCACGAGGCCACCUUCGACGAGGACAUGCAGGAGAAGGCCAUCGGCGACCGACACUCGACGGUGCGCGAGGCGCUGAGCGUGGCCCGCGACGCCCAGCCCAAGUGCACGGUGCUCACCCACUUCAGCGGCCGCUUCGAGAAGACCCUGCCCGACGUGUGGGAGGCGCAGAGGGCCAUCGCCACCACCGCAGCUCCAGCGUUGACGGAGGAGGAGCCUCCUCUGAUGGUGGUCCUGGCGCAGGACUUCAUGACGCUGCGCCUCGAGGGCGACCAGAGAGACGUCGUUGCGGUCAUGCAGCCCCUGCAGCAGCUCUUUGCCGCUGACGCCGAGGCGAGCAAGCCAGACACCACCACACCACAUUGA